AUGAUUUACCGUCAUCUGGGAACUCUGUCCAAAACAUGGAAUCCAAGACUUGCCCCUGUUUCUAGUCGUUUGAAAAGUCCCCCGUUUACUGGGUUCUUGAAACCAUCGGGUCUUCUUCUUCAGUCAAAACCCCAAAGAUUUGAACUAUCCAGAAAUUGGGCUCCCCAGCCUCAUAAUCAACAUUCCCAUAGUUUGAGGAUGGCGUCAUUCUCUUUCUACUUCACCCCUUUAAAGGCUAUGGCCAUCACAGAAGCUGCAUCCUCCCCUUCGCUUCUGGUGCCUAGCGUGAUGCUUAAAACAGUUACCGCAGUCUUGUUCAUUGGGUUUCUGGCGUGGCUUUUCCAAGCAAUCCGGCCUCCACCUCCUCGAAUCUGUGGUUCUCCUGGUGGUCCACCAGUAACUGGACCAAGAAUUAAACUCAGAGAUGGAAGAUAUUUGGCUUAUUUGGAGUAUGGAGUUCCCAAAGAUUCAGCCAAAUACAAGGUUGUUUUAGUUCAUGGCUUCAGCGGCAGCAAGUAUGACGCUUCAAUUGCAACUGCGGAAGCCGUUCAAGAACUUGGUGUCUAUUUUGUAUCUUUUGAUAGACCUGGUUAUGGAGAAAGUGAUCCCGACCCAAAGCGAUCCGUUCGAAGUUUAGCACUCGAUAUAGAAGAUCUUGCUGAUCAGUUGGAACUGGGAUCAAAAUUUUAUGUCGUUGGGACCUCCAUGGGUGGACAAGCAGUUUGGGGUUGCCUCAAGUACAUCUCUCACAGGUUAGCUGGAGUUGCACUGAUUGUUCCAGUUGUCAAUUACCGGUGGCCUGGCUUCCCACCAAAGUUGUCCGCUGAAGCAUACUAUCAGCAGUAUCCUGAGGAUCAAUGGUCUCUUCGAGUUGCCUAUUACGCCCCUUGGCUCACCUACUGGUGGAACACUCAGAAAUUGUUUCCUUCCUCAAGUGUGGCAUCUGGAAGACCGACGUUAUCUCGCCAAGAUCUAGAACUCGUAUCCAAGCUUCGAGAUAGACCAACUCCAAUGGGAUAUCCAACACAACAAGGUCUAUAUGAGUCCUUUCAUAAGGAUAUGAAUGUUGGAUUUGGGAAGUGGGAAUUUAGUCCGAUGGAUCUUGAAGACCCUUUUCCUAAUGGUGAAGGUUCAAUUCAUUUGUGGCAAGGCGAUGAAGAUGGCCUGGUGCCUGUAACAUUGCAGCGGUACAUUGCUGAAAAGCUUCCAUGGAUACACUAUCAUGAGAUACCAGGGGCUGGGCACUUGCUUGGGUUAGCCGAUGACAACAAAGAGGCCAUCCUAAGAGCACUUCUAGAUGGGGGAAAAUAG